AUGAGCAUAAGGACAGAUAAAUAUGUUGUGUAUCUGCUGGAAGGAAAACGCCAACUCGCGCAUAGAAGCUCCAGGCCCAGCCUUUUUCCGGGACAGCAUGGGAACUUUGAGAUGACAGAUAUAUCUGUCAAGCGCCUUGGCGGAGGCCACAAGGCCAGUUCGAACGGUAUCUCCGUCCGAGGCCCUGGCACAUUGAAUAUUAAGCAUGGAGACAUCAAUAUAAGACAUGCAACGCUAGGCAGCGGCAGGGGGACGAGCGCAGUCAGCGGAUGGUGA